AUAAAGUCCAAGUAAACACCAGAGUUCCUUAUUCUCAAAAAUAUCACUCAGCAACUGAACUGUAAUACUUACGUCUUUAAACAUUUUAAUGAUUAUAGGAUGGCUUGGUGACGGGAUGUACUUGCUACCAUCCAUCGUAAACGCCCUUUAAGUCUCAGAAUGCCCAACUGUAUAUAUACAACUUGACUUGUUAUCGAGACCGUCAGUUAAAGGAAACCCGUUAGCGAGACGGCAUGUAUUUUUCGUGAAAUUCGGGGGAUUUUUUAAUUUUUAACGACUAACAUGGACAACAGAUGCGAUGAUAAUAUACUGCAGUUUUUAUGAAAGAUAUAAACUUGUAUUAAACGGGUUGUUUCCAAUUGGUUUUAUGGAAAGGAGGUCAACUACAGCUUCGCCGAAUGGAAUUUGCGUCAAUGGAAAGUUUUCCCGGACAAAUAGAAUGGCCAAAAGAUUUUGUAGAUUUGAUUCUGCCUCAUAUCCAAUGAGAAUGACUAAUAAGGAUCAAAGAAGAUUGUUUUAUGUAGUUCAGUUCGUACAGUUACCUUUCGAGGGCAUUGAUGACUACGUGUGUGUGCCCUAUUCCUGGAUAAUAUUUCAAAAAUCCUCAAAUCGGAAGAUAGUUGUGACAUAUCCGAACAAUGAAGAUCCCUUGGAAACGAGAGAACGCGUUAGAAGGAAAGAGCGACCAAAUGAUUCAUGGAGGUUCUACAUGGUCUACCUUAAAUAUGACUCAGAUGAUUUUGAAGAUGCUGAGUUAUGGAUAGCGAGGAAUGAACAUGGACCUGUUGAAGGAGUAUCAAAAAGAAAAGAUUCUGAAACAGAACCUCAGCUGAAUAGAAAGCUACGAAGUGCCAAUCAAUCUAUUUGGUCAGAAAGCAAUUCAGACAAGCCUCAGGUAACAGUGAAACCCUAUAACAAUCUUCGUAAACCACUACCAAAAAUUUCGAUACGACGACCGCUAUCUCAGGACCCCGAUCAAAACCUGAAUAACAAAUGCUUGAAAUUAAAUAUAAAUUGUAAGCCUGUCGUCAAUACUAAGCACAUAACAGCAACGUCUGCCAGUUCAAAACGAGAACAAUCAGUAAUCAUCACUGGCAAUCAGGUGAUUCAGAAAGAUCAGACAAAAACGAACUACGCUUCUAAUGGUAAGAUAAACACCGAGCAGAGUACUGAACCUGAAGUUAUCAAUGAAAAUCAAUUAGUUAAACUUUCAGUCCAGUCUACUUCAGCAAAACUUCCGGUUAAGCAUCAACUUUCACCACAGUCGCCAACGGAGCACCGACUGUUACUGCAGCCUCCAAUUGGUCGACAACCUUCACCGCAGCCUCCAAACGAUCGACAACCUUCACCGCAACUUCCAAACGAUCGGCAACCAUCACCGAAGUUUAUAGCUGAGCAACAUUCUUCAUCGAAGUUUUCGGAUGAACAACAACCUUUACCUGUUGGCGAAGACUAUCAACAACCUGUUAGUAUGUCAACUGUAGACCUGAAUGGAUCUAAAGGAGAUCUUGAUAGCUGUCAAAACGUUCUGCGUGAGCCUGUUACGAAUAAAAGACCAUCAACUAAAACUCCUCCAAGCAAUUUCAAACCGCCUCCUCAGUCUGAUUCUAUGAACGAGAGACCAACUCCACUGGUUCGUCAUGAAAAUUCACUUCCCGAGCCAUACUCGCGAGAUGUAACUGCUGGACAAUCAAAGAAACCCAAUGAUUGCCAAAAAACUCAACUUCAAUCGAUUUUGACUGCGCCAAAGAUAGUACCGAAGUCCUCCAGUACAACUAACCAGCUUUUUCAGCAAUGUGGAUACCCUCAAUUACCAAUUUUUUCAGUUAAUAGCACUUCGAAUACGAAAUUCCAACCCCAAGGAUUCAGUGGGAAAAAUUCUAUUGAAGUGGCUGAUAACCACUCAUUUCUGUGCUCUCAAGACAUUAUUAAUAGCAUGCCAUCUACUUCUCAUCAUGAACACACUUCGGAAAAACUAACUCAAAUGGUAAAACUAAAAGCUAGGCAACAACCUUCAGCAGUGAAGAAAGUGAAAAAUCCUGUUAAUAAGAAAACUCGCCUAGAGGGUAUCGCAAGAAAUAUUGCAACCCUACAAUAUUCACCAAACUCUAUGAGACAACUCGGCUUACCUGGUGGUUCAACAGUCGCACAAUCUGCACAAUUUACUCAACAUCACUCACAACAGGCACAAAUUGAUGGAUCACUUAUAAAUGACGAUAGACAUGGAAUGAGAGAUAACUCUAUUAAUCAGAGAGAUCCCUGUCCCCAAGGUAUGAUGAAUACACCAGCCACACAGAACCUUUCGAAAUUAGCUCACCAGUAUAACCCUUUUCUUGGGAUAUCACAUGAACAACAAUAUUUGCCGACUCGGGAAGACUAUCUGCAGCAAUUCACACUUCUUCAAGAUAUGCUUAGAAGGCCAAGCAUGACUCCAACACUUGAUCAGAAGGCUUAUCAUCAAAAUGCUAUGAUGAACGGAGGAUUCGUCAUACAAAGACAACCGAACUCGAUCAACCAGCCCAUUCAGUUCCUUCCCCAAAAUGUAAAUCAUUACGUACCUAUUAACAACGCGUACUCACAAGAAGUAAGAAGCCAUGAACUGAUAAAGAGAUAUACUGACGGAACUCACAUUAUUUACCAGCCUAUUUUUCCCAAAGAAGUGAAUAUUCAAUUUCCUGCACAUCAUUUAUCGAGCCGGUUACAUCAGGAUGCCGAACAUCCACAAAAAAAACAAGAUCAACAGAAUUAUCGAGAUCCGCGUACAACAAACACACAAAAUGACCUUCCGCUCAAAUCGAUGCGUAGUUCUCCCAUUCCUAAGCCUCAAAAAAUCACUAAGAGAUCACGAUCUCUCUCUACCUUGAAGACUCCAAGUCAGGCACUUUUUGAUGCUCAGAGAAGCUGUUUAAUCCAAGAACUGAAUAUACAGGAAAGAGUGAAUCAAAGUUUCACAAAAUCUAAUAAUACAAAUCUAGCAGCUAUUUCUGAAACCCAGACGGUGGAACUAGCUUCUUCUACGGAAAACACCAAAGAUCAACCUAUGCCAUCAUCUAACCAAAUACAGGCAACACAAUUUCCUUUGGUUCAAAAUGAACAUAAUUGCCAAUGUCCCAGUAUGAAAAAAACUAUGAUUGAUCGAGCUACUGAAACGGAUUCAAUGAUGGAUAUUGGUCACUGUGUAAAAGCAAUCGCUGGAUCUUCUCUUCCUGAAAGCGCAUCAAGAGCAGUGGAAAGUGUGUGUCAGACGGACGAAUGGUUGGAAAAAGAAGAAGGCUCACUUUAUCAAGAGACAUCUUCAGAUUUUGAAAAUACAACAGACAACGAGAUUGAAUCAGAAAACGAAGUAGACGAAGUAGUUCCAGAAGCCAAUCAGGCAACUCUGAUAGCUGAACAAAAUCUCACACAAGAAAAUCAGCAUGAACAAUCCGGAAUAAUUAUUGAGCCAGACACUUUGCAUAUAAUUGGUACUCUCUUUACUCAAAUGGGAGCCAAUUUGUCUCUCACACGUGACAUAUUCAAUGGCUUACGAAAUUCCCUCCUCGUAUGUGCACAAACAUACAAGACAUUGUUAGGAAAAGUCGAUAAAUUGAACUCGAUAGAGCCCCUCCAAAAUUCUGCGUCUCCACCUAACAAUGUAAUCUCACAAGUUACUCAAGAAAUACCAGCUGGAGAUAACGAUAACACUACUAGUGUGGACAAUGCAACAACAUCGAUUCAUGAGCAAAGAGGUACGUUCUCUCUACCACCAGAAUAUGAUCCAAAUGAUACCAAGUGGACUCUAAAGUACCGAGAGAAUAAGCGAGGACUCGUCGAGCUCAUACCUCGAACUGGUGUUUACGUCAAAAGGAAAGAGCUGAAACGUAUCAUACGGGAAUCAAACGACGGUAGAAUGCUGGCACGCUUGCUGUUAACAGAAGUCUUCAACCAGAACGCUUUACGUGUGUGCUCAUGGACAGGUGGAAAAGCAAAAGCUUUUAAUUCCGCGAACAUUGACGUCAGGCCAGGACUAGAUGAAAAUGCGAGAAUGGUCCUGCUAACAUUCGUUGAACAACACGGGAAGAAAUGUGGUUGGAGUAUGGCCAACACAUCAGCUGUUAUGAGUACUAUUCGGACCAAGAUUAAUGACAUAAGAGCCAACAAGUUAGACGAUAUGUGUUAAUUCAUACUGCGUGAUAUUACUAUCAAGAGAAAGAUAGGAUAAAAUGAAGGUGAGAAUUUCUUGUUUGCGUUGUAAUAACCACAUUUGAUGCUUAUCUAGCUGAGCUUUACCCAGAGGCCCUUCGACGACGGACAUUCAAGGCCAUGUAAACAAAACAAACACAGAUGCGUAAUUUGUUUGGGCUUAAUAUGUUAUUGUAAGGAGUAUGUACUUAUUCUUGCAGAAAGAUAUUGUUGUUGGGUAUCCGUACGUAAUGGUCCAAUUUUUGCAGUUACCGCAUACAGAUAUUGGCGACUACAGUUGUGUGCUUCACUCUUGGAUACGAGGCCGCAGAGCGACAGAAAGGAAGAGCCUAGUUGCAUAUCCCGAUGAAUCUCCAUCGAUAACUAAACUGCGAAUUAUGAACGACGAUGAACCUUCGAAAAAAUGGAAACUCUACAUGGCAAUUAUAAAACAUGAAUCACAUUCAUAUGAGAAUGAUUGUGAGUUCAUUAUGAAAAAAAUUCAUAAUGCUUCUAAGAAUAGAUAUUCUGACGUAAUGAGAAUCGAUUAUAAACUUUUGCCAGCUACAACAACAAAACGAUACAGUCUGCCACUGAAAACAAUCAAGCUGCCAGACCCUCAAUCAAAAAAGAAUAGAAAUAAACUGAAAGUAGUAGUGAUGAAGAAACCUUAUGAAAGA